ACAAUGAAAUGGACGAGAGUUGUGACGAGAGGGCUGAAGAGCUCGAAGAAGUUCGAGCCGAUGAUCGCGAAGACAUUGAGAUGAGAGAAGAGGAUGAGACGAACGAAGCGAUUACUACUAUUCCCGCCGAAGAGAAGGAUUGGGACGUCUAUAACAACGACGGCGUUAUUGUUGUCAACCAAGCGAUACAUAAGAGGAAAGGCGGCGACGAAGAAGCCUUUGAUGACCAGUAUUGCGAAGAUGAUAACGAAACGGACACAAAGAAAAAAUCUAAAUCAUGUAAAGGAGGUUAUAGUAAGAGGGCGUAUACUCCCAGAUCUUCGUCACCGCUUCCACCGGCCGGUGAGUCCAAAGUUGUCGUUCAGCUCUUGUAUGGCAGCAAACAAUGGAAGCGAACAAUGGAUGGCGACAUCAAAUCCAUUAUAAGAGAUAUGGCAUUACGACGACCAGAUCCGGCCGGACGUAAGAUCGCCGCCUCUGACAAGUUGUGCGCCGCUGUAAUGAAGAACCACUCGAAACGAUUGGUGUCGGAGUGCAAAGAGGCGGCCAGAACUAUGAGAGUGCCCGACCAUCAGGACGUGACUCAGUUGGACAUGAAGUCAUUCACGUCCGAAGUGUUUAUGAAGUGUCCGAAAACUGCAAAUUUAAUCAAAUCUCUGAUUCCAGUGGAGCCGAGGGAUACGCUGGACGAGCACUCGGCCACCGCUCUAAUAAUGGGUGUCAUUCUAUACAUGCAUUCAAUGCAAUCAAAUACAUUGCAACACAUUUUGAGUUAUGUCUUGAGACGCGCC